ACUGUGACACCCACCUUCUUCUACUACAUAUCUCUCUCUCUCUGUGAGUCUAUCUCUCUCCUCUUGAUUCAGUCUUCUUCAGUCCUUCACAAAACCCACCUUCGGCAUUCAUUCAUUGACUUGUUUUUAAUUAGGGUUUGCACUUUCUUCCCCUUCUCUCUCUAUACAUUUCAAAAAAAAAACAACAUGUUUUGAAUGCUCAUUUUCAGAAGAUUUCAGAUCGUUUUCUUCGACCUGUUGCAAUCAUUUACUUCUCUCCCUUUCUUUGGAACUAGAUCGCUGCUGGAAGAAAAAGAAGUUAGUUUGUUCGAAGAAUUGAAUUAUAAGACAUGGGGUGCUUCCCAGGUUUAAAGGGUAAAAAGAAAAAGUCUGAGUCAGUCGUUCAUCCGAAGCUCUUGCACCCUCAGGAGAGUAUACCUACAGUACUCCCUGAACCUCAGAAACAAAGUUUUUCUCUACAAUCUGCUCCUCCAAGUUUCAGAGACAAAGUAAAAACUGUUCAAAUUAUUAAUAGACUCGCUAAUAACAGAACACGGGCAUUAUCGGCUCCGUCAAGCAUAAACAUGCCAGAGCAGGAUAAAAUGUUACCAAAUGAAUGCGAAGAGCAGGAGACAAAGGUUCGCGGUGGAUUAAUUAAGGAUCAUUUAGGUCCACAGCCUCUUCCUCUUCCGGCUCCUCAGAGUGGAGUGAUGUUGAAGACCGUAGGAAGUUUUAAAUCUGGAAAUGCAAGUGCUCCUCUUUUGGUCACUCCUGGUCCUUUACCGUUGCCUCGUUUAGUUGGUGUUCGCAACUUUUCUUAUGAUGAGAUUGCAGCUGCUUGUCACCAAUUCUCACCUGAUCGAUGCAUGUCUGAGUGUCUUUCAUCUGUAAUUUACAAAGCAUCUUUUGGAGAUGAUUUCUCUGGUUCGAAGAAAUUCGAAGCCACCGUGACACACCUUCUUCCAUCUUCUCAGGGAUUCAAGGAGUUCUUUAACGAGGUCAACGUAAUUGCUUCUUUGCAACAUCCACAGCUUUGUAAGUUGCUAGGUUACCAUGCUCGUGAAGGUUCCGAACCACGGAUGUUGAUAUAUGAAAGGCUCUUCCAUGGAAGCUUAGAUACAUUGCUGUAUGGGAGAUCUGAUGGGCCUCCAAUUGACUGGAAUAGCCGAAUGAAGGUGGCUCUUUGUGCAGCACAAGGUCUGGCCUUUUUGCAUGAAGAAGGUCCUUUCCAGGCAAUGUACAAUGAGUUCUCAACUGCCAACAUUCAGAUAGACAAGGACUUCAGCGCCAAGCUUUCCGGUUAUGGUUGUGUGAGCCCAAAUCCUGAAAUAUUAGAUACAUCCGCUGCAGUGGCAAAUCUUUCAGUGGAGACGUUAGAGAGAGGACUACUUACUCCUAAAAGCAAUGUUUGGAGUUUCGGGAUUGUUUUGCUUGAAUUACUCACUGGGCGGAAAAAUCUGGACAAUCGCCAUCCAAAAGAAGAGAGAGACUUGGUAAAGUGGAGCCGACCUUUCUUAGCUGAUGAUUCUCGUUUAGCUUUGAUAAUGGAUCCACGGUUAAAAGGUCGAUUUCCUCCAAAAGCAUCUAGAACCGUUGCCGACAUUGCUCUAAGAUGCCUCCAGAAGGAUUCUCUAGAAAGACCCACCAUGAGAACAAUUGUCGAGUCUCUACAUAACAUCCAAGAUAUGAAACACUCAUGCAGGUUUCCCCUCCAAGAACCAACAGCAAUUGCAGGAAAAAAUAUGUCCAGGUCUCCAAGUCUAAACGGGGUCAUGACUAAACCACCAAGGUUAAGUUUCCCUCCAAGCCCACCUCUCAGAUCUGGAUCAUCAAUUUCUUUCCUCAGGCAGCCGUCGAUGCCCAUGUUACGUCCUCGGCAAUCAUGUUCAUCUAUAGUGUCACUGCAAGAGAUGAAUGGGAACCAGGAAAUUCGAAAAUCUAGGUCCACAACAGCUAGAAGGAUUGUUGGAGUUGAAGGGUUUUGAUUGUAAAUGACACAUUCUUUCUAGACGUUUUUGUUCUUUCUCAACCUCUGCUUUGUUUGUUGUUGCCCUUUUUAAGAUUAGUGCAUAGAAGUUGUAGGUAUUCCUUACUUCUAUCCCACCUGACAACGAAAGAAAAGAAGGAAACUGAUGGGGUUUUUUUGUAUAUAAAGAACUGAUGAGUGUAUUUUAAGCAAUGUAUCAAUCUUCUGCUGUACUAAAUGCUUCAUGUGAAUAAAUAACAAAGAAGAUUUUGUUAACAUA